AUCAACCCGGAAUUGAAAAGCACACCCAUUGCACGUUUAAUAGCAUUUCUAAAUCUGUACAAACAUAUAAAGGAACAUUUACGCAUGUGGCUUGACCGCAUAAAUGUAAAAGGCUUAUUGAAUACAGAAGCAUGUGUAUAAAUACAUUUUAUAAUUCAUCAUGAAUGUAAAUAUAUUUUUGAAAAUUUAGUACAGUAUUUACACAACCCGGGAGAUUGUUACAGCCAAUAAAAGGUGGAAUAAAGUUAAACAUAACAGUAAAGAACCAUAAAAAUAGCCUUUUUAGAACAAGAAUAUCGCAGUUACAAAAACAUAUAUAUUGACGACAUUACGAAAGGAAAAGACGCCCGUACAAAAAGUCGAUAUUAUAGAAGUAUCAAAACAAAUUGAAAAGACCUCGGACACAAGUAAAAUAUAUAAUUAGUUCUUGGAAGCAGCUUCACGUUACUACGUUACGUAUACUAGAUACGUAUCAUCCUGGAAUACAACAAGCAGUCGACUCAAUCGAUAAGAUUCGUCAUUGACAUAUGAGAAGAGUGGCGUACACACCUGAAAAUACACAGUCAAUUCGCUAUUGAUACAAUACUUAAGAUACUAAGACGAUACGAGCGAUCAUUAGGCUACGAUUGCUACCAAUGGCAUCACAGACAAUGUUCCUAGAUACAGUAUUUAUCAUUUUACUUACAUAUUUGAGAACUAUACAUUGUGCAGUGACUCUUACACAAAUCUCGACGGUGUAUUUGCCAUAUUUCGAGGGAUCUGGAUGGGCCAAACAGUACGCAUUGGUCACGGAUAACAUCGCUAAUGCUGCUGAAACAAGUGUGUAUGAUGCUGAUAGGGCGAUUAUAUAUUCCGUAGGUGGAAAUGGAUUCCUCAACAUAAUCGAUGCGAAGGAUGCAACUAACUUAACACAUGUCCACAGCGUUCAAUUCCAUCCAGAUUUUGGCAAAGCGUAUGCCUCAGAUGUGAAGCUGUGCUCUGGGUAUGUGUUUGUAACUGUGCAGUUUAUGGACAACCCUGAUAAUGGGAUGGUUUCCGUUUUUUCUCCGUUCCAGCCGACCGUUGGGACGAUAUACAGGAUAGUAGAUAUUGAAGUCGGAUCAUAUCCAGCACAAAUGCAGUUUACAAAAGAUUGUAAAACCCUCGUCGUGGCUAAUGAGGGAAGAUUAUCAAAGGCGGGCAAUGGGAACUACUAUGACGCAGAGGGCAGUAUAUCUAUCGUUAUGUUCACCAGCGAGGACUUCACAGUUAGCGAAGUUACCACUUUAGACUUUCAGCAGUAUAAUGCAAGGACAAAUGAGUACAUGGAGAAGGGCGUUAGGUACUUAUAUAGAGGAUUAGACCAGACACCAUUAGUCAGUACAUUCUCGCAAGAUUUAGAACCAAAGUCUGUUACAAUUAAUACGGCUGAAACUAGGGCAUAUAUAAGCUUACAGGAAAACAAUGCCAUAGCUAUAGUUGAUUUGACAACAAAAAGUAUAAUAGACUUAUAUCCACUUGGUACAAAGUCUUGGAAGAACAACUGGAUAGAUGCGUCAAACACUGACGGUGGAUUUAUGCAACAGUAUGAUAUUCAAAGUUUCUACCAGCCUGAUGGUAUGAAAUAUUUCGAGGCUAACGGAGUGGGGUAUAUCGCUACAGCGAACGAAGGCGCUGCUAAACACUACAGAGUCAAUAAGGUCGGCCUCACCUGGACUGAAAUAAUUACUGGGAAAACAUUAUCAGCAGAAAACAUCGUCAGUAAAAGUGUCUCUGGUGCUUUAUCGAGUAGUUUAAACACUUACAGCAAACUCGGAGGCAUGGAGUUCUCCAAAUUGGAAGGGGUCGUUACUGAAGACGGUCAGCAGGUUUAUGAACGAUUCUAUGCCUUUGGUGGAAGAAGUAUUGCGAUAUGGCGGGCAGAUGAUAUAUCUUUGGUAUAUGAAAGCGGGAAUCAAACUGCAACUGAACACUACAACAAAUAUUUGUCUAUAUUUAAUGGUCACAUGGCUGAUCUUGCACACACUCCCAAAGAGGACAAAGACACGCGAUCUGCGAUGAAAGGUGCGGAACCUGAAUCUCUGGAAAUUGCAGACGUCGGCGACGAGCGUUAUAUAUUUGUCGGGAAUGAGCGGACGUCAACUAUCAUGGUGUACAAAAUGUCCAAAUCAUCACACGUGCCCGUGUUUGAGAGUAUCAAUAGAGCAGGGAAUCUAGACAACUCGUGGACUUCAUUAUACGAAAACAGAGCAGGAAGAGAUGUGGGCGAUGGUGUAGGAGAUAUUGAUCCAGAAGGACUUUUUUUUAUACCAUACGACGAGAGUCCGAACUGCGAACCCCUGUUGCUGGUCACUGGGGCAGUAAGCGGGACAGUGUCUUUAUACUCUGUUAAUGGUCUUCCCGUUCCAUCUGAAAGGAUUUGCAAAACAGUCACUCAAGGACCCCCAUUUGUUCCACCUGAAACGUCCACUAAGUCGACACCAACGGCUCCAUCUACCAACACUCCUGAACAGACGACUGCUUCAACAACAUUGCCGGGUGAAGCUCCUGGACAGUCGACUGCUUCAACAUCACCGCCAAGUGAAGCUCCUGGACAGUCGACUGCUUCAACAUCA